AUGGAGCUUCAGAGACCUUUGCGCGGUCAGACGCAUUUCGGUGCUCGUGGAGACAUGAUCUGCGUGAAGUCGCUGCAACUUGAAUUCAAUCGGGUUCUCUUGCUGGCGGUCGGUUUGUGGCCCUAUGAGCGAUCCAAAUUCGUUCGAGUGCAAUUGAUCUUGCUCUACAGCAUCUUGAUAACCAGCAUUAUAUUUCAGAUUACUGAAGAACUAUUAACAGGUGUGAAUUUGGAAAAAUGUAUAUCACCUUUAUUGUUUCUGAUUGCCAACUACGUACUAAUGUUUCUUGCCACCUAUAUUGCGCAACAAGUUAAAGAUCAUAGUAAUCUCAUAUAUAUUACUGCGUACAACUUCCCUUGGUAUAUUACUCCCUUACAUGUGCAGAGGACUAUAUUAUUCAUACUCCAAAAAGGCACUAAUCCUUUCAGUAUAAAUUUGUUUGGAUUAGUCAUGGGAUCUCUGGAGGGUUUCUCAAGGAUAAAGCUUACAAUGGAAAUACUUCAGAGUACCUACGACGAGCUGACGGACGACAGUGAGAUUGCUAUCAUAGAAAAAUAUGGAACUACGGCGAAACGUUACACCUGCGUGCUCACGCUGCUCGUCUCACUCAGCAUAUCUGUUUUUACGUUUCUUCCAUUCUGGCCACGAUUUCUUGACGUCGUAUGGCCCGCGAAUGAAUCUCGUCCGUAUCCUCCGUUGCAAAUUACGAUGGAGUACUUUUCCGAUCAAGAGACGUAUUUUUACUUGUUCGCGCUGCACACAAGCGUGAUUUUUUGCAUAGGAGAAACUACGUUAUUGGCGACAGGAGCGAUUAUCAUAGCGUAUGUGCAAUACGUUUGCGGAAUGUUUAGGGUCGCCAGUUAUCGUAUGGAGCAGGCCAUGGUCGGUACCUUAAAAAUGAGUGACACGAAAUAUAAGAGCUUGGUGCACAAGAAGAUAAUUUACGCUAUAGAUAUGCAUCGCAGGGCUUUGAAGUUAGCAUCUUACGAUGCUUGUGCAGCAAAUAAGAUAUAUUUUAGCUGUAUUUAUCACGGAUUUUCAACUGGAUGCGACAUCGAAAGAUCGAUAACAUCCACUUUAUUUCUACUUUCUCACUAUGUAUACGUAUUUGUGUCUAAUCUGAACGCGCAACAGAUCACUGAUCAUAAUGAGCACGUAUUUGCCACCGUAUACAACAUUCAGUGGUACACUGCUCCAUUACAAAUACAAAGAAUAAUAUUAUUCUUGUUGCAAAGAGGCACUAAAAUGUUCUACAUAAAUCUCGUAGGACUGUUUGUGGGAUCUAUGGAAGGAUUCACUACGUUAACGAGCGCGUCGAUAUCUUAUUUCACCGUUGUGUACGCCACCAAUCGAUAA